UAAUUGUUCAAUAUUAUUGUCUUUAGUACCGAAUAUUAUGUAUAUGCAGGGUGAGAGUAGUUCUCAGUCAUUGCCACUUAGCUCUGCACUAUUAAAGGGUGAUGUUCAGAUGAAAAUGAUUGGUCCGUUUAAUGCAAGUGCCCCGAUACUUGACGAUCCUGAUAUUGCGUCACUGGUUGAAUUUAUUUUUGACCCAGUUGUACCUGAUGAAAUAUUGGUGGAGACGGAUUUUAAUUUCCUCAAUAGAGAUUUGAUUAGAAGCUUGGGUCCGGGUAAGAAGGUGAUGGGUGAGGUGAACACACGUGCAGCUCUGCUAGUGUCAGCAGAAGACGGAAGAGCUUGGUAUUUGAAUACAAGAUUGACAGUAGGUUGGUCUAUUCAUUGGUUAGUUUGGUUGUUUGGGCCCGAUAAAUACUAAAUUCGACUAUAUCACAACACAGGUAGCUGGAAUUAGCAUUAAUAGUUUAUUCCCAGACAAUGGUCGUGAUGAUUCUGCGCGGAAGUUUUACUUUGGUGAUUUGAAGAAAUGUCAGCAUGUAUGUUCCCCUUACAAACUUUGUACUGUUCUCUUGUGCACUAAUAUUAAAUAUUAGUAAUGUUAUGUUUCUGAGUUGCAGAUUUUUAUUCCAAUCCACAAUGACAAAAUAGAACACUGGUUGCUUUUUAUAGUACACAUCGGUGAUGGUAUUGUAGAAAUAUGUGACUCGAUGUUGGACAAACAUGGGUCGUCAACUGGAAGUGGUCUUGUGAAAAUGGUGAUAAGUGUAACUUAGAUUUUGGUGUGGGAUUAAGUUAAUAGUUGCAAAAUAAGAAUGGUAUUUUAAUGAAAUGUUUUAUUGUUAAAUUUGGAAGAGAACUAGUUAA